UAGUGUGAGAAAAAAACAAAAAUAUAAACUCAUACAGGGGUUUGCAUGAUCCCACGAAAAAACUGUUUCUCUCUGUUUCCCAUUUCCAGUUCCCUGUAUAUAUACAUUCACACUCCCACAAAAACAGAUCGUUAAGCAGAAGAAGAAGUGGAAGAAAGAUGGAGUUUCUUAUGGGAAAGAUUUCUCUUAUUAGCCUCCACCUAGUAUUCCUAGCAGGAACCGGAGCAUCAGCAACAGUAUUCACACUCUUCAACAAUUGCAACCACACAAUCUGGCCUGCUACAUUAUGCGGCAACGGUAUGAAUACUCUUGGUGAUGGCGGAUUUGUUCUAACGCCCGGCGUGUCAGUUCCACUUUCAGCACCAGCAGGGUGGUCCGGACGAUUCUGGGCUCGCACCGGAUGUAACUUUGAUGACAACGGUAACGGAGUAUGUGCAACAGGUGAUUGUGGGGCGGUACUGAGGUGCACAGGCGGUGGAGCAGUACCAUCUAGUUUGGCUGAAUUCACCUUGGGAACUGCUGGUACACCUAACGAUAAGGACUUCUAUGAUGUUAGCCUAGUUGAUGGAUACAAUGUGGGCGUGGGUAUUUCUAGUUCGGGCGGGACUGGAGAUUGCAGAUAUGCUGGUUGCAUAUCAGAUGUAAAUGCAAGGUGCCCAGCAGAACUUCAAGUGAUGGUGGAUGGUUCAGUGGUGGCUUGUAAGAGUGCUUGUGGUGCUUUCAAUAUAGAAGAGUACUGUUGUAAUGGGGAACACGCCACACCUGAUAAAUGUGGACCUACUGGAUACUCCAUUAUGUUCAAGAGUGCUUGCCCUUCUGCAUAUAGUUACGCUUAUGACGAUGCUUCAAGUACGUUUACUUGCAGUGCUGGGUCUGAUUAUCUCAUCACUUUCUGCCCCACUGCCGCUCCUUGAAUGGAUUCUUCAUUUCAUAUUCUUUUUUUUUUGCCUUCUUUGCAUUUUUGGCGAUAAUUCAUAGGAUUUAUCAAUUUUGCCGUAUUUCUUGUGGUGGCCAUUCUGUAAUUUCUGUCCUUUAUUAGCAGUUAAAAAUUUAAACAGAU